AUGGCGACCGAUGAGAAGCGAAGAAAUCUCCGGUUGCACAGGACACCUUGGAUUUCGGACGAUGACAGCACUCCCUCCACACGACACGGAGACUGCUUCCUACUUUACACUUACAACGCGAGAACAGUCUCUUCCAACGCCGCUCUCCACGAGCUCCUCGAUGCGGCUAGUCACACUAAUUACCAUGUGAUCGCGCUGCAAGAAACCAAGAGCAGAAGGACCGACGUACGACGAAUGAAUGAUGGAACCGUUAUCAUUCGUGGUGGAAAGCUUCCAUCGCGAAAUGUCGGCGGCGUUGAUUUCGCCCUGCACUCAUCUGUCGUUCAUCUCGUCGAUUCUCACAAGGUCCUGUCUCCUCGCUUUGCCAUCCUAUGCCUACGACAUACGCACCUAAAGAUCUCUAUCGUCACUGCUACUCUCCACACUCUACAGCUGUCGAAGUAG